AUGGCCUUCUGUCGGAGGACCCAAUACGCGCCCGAGCCGGACUCGUCAGCGGGGACGAUCUCCAUCACGGUGUAUCGGAGGGUGCCAUGUAUGACUUGGGGAACGCAGAUCUCCGUUGGCGCGGUGGGGUUCUGUCGCCGCUGGGGUUGUGGACGUUGCCAUGUUGCCGAGGAAUGGGUGUGUGGUGGGUUUGCUGCCUCGGAUUCCGCCACAUCACGACCAUCAGCCUGUGGUUGGUUAGUAAAGUCGAGGAACAACGGUUUGGGGAUUCCUUACGAGACACAUGGCGCAGGCGUGGCCAUUGCAGUAAACCCAGUUGGGGCAGUUGUAGGUAUAGAAGUACUUGCACCGGUACUUGUAAAAUCCGCCGCUGCCCCGACAUGGGAAGCCGAUGAGGUCGAGGAGGAUGGCGAGAUGUUGCUUUAUACACGAGGUGGGCAGGACCCUAGGAGGUCCCUGAGCCCCUGGGUACGGGAGCCGGGAUACUUGAGACCAGCCACCUCCAAGCUUUUGAGGAGGGUGACAUGCUAUGAGCGCACUACUUUCUCGAGGGUGCACGGCAGCCAUCUGCGAGGUUCCUUGACGCGGCUGGUCGACCCAAGGUGCGAGAAUGAGCAACCCAAUCGCAAUCCUUCUGAGACCGGCGGCUCAAGGUGA